AGCCUGCAUGUGUAUAGAGCCUUACAGCCUGGUUUCACAAGCUCACAUGUCUGUCUCUGGUUUCCAUUCUCAGGUAUUUGGGCAGGGCUUAGUCGUAGCUGCUGGUUCCCGGGGUUGGGAGAGGACUGGGUGAAGCUCCUCUGGACCACGGUGAGAAGUGUUUCCCUCCUGUGUGCUGCUGCCGUGGUGGACUGUCACUGCUGUUCUCUUCUGAGGCGUUUCACUGCUGGUGUGAAGUCACCCCUCAUCAUGUCAGACUCCAGCAGAACUGUAGAAGAUGUGAGAGUCGUACUUCAGACCUACAAAAGUGUGGGUCCUUGUGCAAAAGAUCUGGUUAAGUUCUACGACACCUGGGCAGAAACCUAUGACAAGGAUCUCACGCUGAUGAGCUACAGAGCUCCACAUCUGGCAGUAACCUUUCUGUCUGAGAACUUCACCGGGACUCCUGAGGAGGCUCUGGUUCUGGACGUGGCCUGUGGGACUGGAUGGGUCGCUAAACUGAUGGUUGAACUGGGCUUCAGGCGCUUCGUGGGAGUGGACGGCAGUAAAGGCAUGUUGGACCAAGCUGCUGAGAGCGGCCUCUAUCAGGACCUGAACCAGGCCUUACUGGGAUCAGAUCCACUGCCUGCACAGCCUGGUGUGUUUGAUGUCGUGAUGAUGGUUGGUGGUCUAGGUUUUGGUUUUGCUCCGAUCAGUGUUGUCAGGGAGCUCUGCCUCGCCACCAAACCAGGAGGCUUGGUGUGUCUGACGAUAGGCGACCAAACAGGAAGACCAGCAGCUGAAUUCAGGGAGGACCUGUGGAGAGAGCUGCAGCUGAUGGAGGAGGAGGGACUGUGGAGUCGAGUAGGAAUCCGACUGACGGACAGAUACAGGGAAAACCCACAUGUGAAUCCUGAGCGAGAUGAGGAUGACGUGCAGCAUUACAUCAGCGGGAGCGUUUAUCUGUUCAAGAAAUCCAGUAACUAAUGCUGAAGCAGUUACGGGAACAUUCAACACAAAAUUAAGGUUCAGCUACAAAAACAUGGCUCAUUCAUUACAUCCUGUGACACACUGAAUAUCACAGUUAGCAUGUUGUUAUUGUUCACACGGACUCCUUCAAGUCAAGCUGCAUCUGUAAUUUGAUACACCUGAUUUAAUAUUACUUCAUAAAAUAGCAGGUUCUAAUAUGUUAGCAAACAGCUGAUUUGAUGCUAAUGUGGGGCAGAGGGGCCGUGAGAGAAUUUUCCUGUCUAGAUUGUUUGAGGGAAAUUUCCGGAAAGUAAGCUGCCGGACAGGUUUUUCACUCUCACACUUCAUGACGUUUGUUGUAUGAUUAAGGUUAUGCUGCAAGUAGCGUGUUUUGGAGGAAUUGUUAUUUUUUUGUCAUUAUUUUCCACACUAUGUAUGUUUGCUCUUUUGAUUUUCGAGACUCUUCUAGUCUCGAAGGGGGGAAAUAUGUAGUGUCUUUUUGUUGAUAUAUGGAAUGUAAGGGGAAUAUGUGAUUACAUCUCUUUCUUUGGAAUGCCAAGAUAAGGGUCUCCUGAUAACCCCUCACCUCACCUUUUGACCUCUCUAAGUUUUACGACUCACAUAGCAUAUCUUGGAUCAACCAGAUGUUCCUACUCAAGCCAACUAUGGGCCUAUAAAGGUAACCCCCAAGAAGAGUCGGGAGGGUUGUCAUUUUGGCCGGACACUCUCCAAGUUCUGCAGGGCUUGUAAUCGAUGCUGGUCUG